CUUCUCCUAAGCGCUAGCUAACUGGCUACUUUCUGCACUGCUGCCUUCUGUUAUUGUUUGAGGGACAGUUACUUGAAAUUGUAACUUAGUAAACUUAUUUAGGAAAACAUUUUCCAGAGCGUCAGAGUAUCGGGCCGUCGCUAUGGCUCUGCAAGGCCCAGAGGAGCUGGGGGAGCAGGUCGAAGAGCCGGAGGAUCUGGACGACCAGGACGCUAGUAGCAUCUCCCCGGCCGAGGAGAUAACUCUGCCCCCCGGGCCCGGAGGCGACGAUGAGCCGGAGGAGGCUCUCCUGCUGCCCUGGGACCGCUUCUCUGCCUGGCUGCACUGCAUCUGUGUGGUCGGCUUCGACCUGGAGCUGGGGCAGGCUGUGGAGGUUAUUUAUCCUCAUCAUUCAAAACUGUCAGAGAAAGAGAAAACAAGCAUCUGUUACCUUUCCUUUCCUGACUCCAACUCAGGUUGCCUUGGCGACACCCAGUUCUGCUUCCGCUUUCGUCAGGGAUCAAACAGGAAGUCGUCGCUAGGCUGCUUCCUGGAAACCACUGACCGGGACGCACCGCCAUGUCUGAAGAGAGAACAGGGCCAUUACUACGGUUACGUGUACUUCCGUCAGGUGCGAGACAAAUCCCUGAAGAGAGGAUACUUCCAGAAGUCUCUGGUCCUGAUCAGUAAGCUGCCCUAUGUGACCUUCUUCCACUCACUGUUGAAGAUCAUGGCUCCAGAAUACUUUGAGAAACAGGAGCCCUGUCUGGAGGCUGCUUGUAAUGAUAUAGACCGCUGGCCGACGCCCCAUCCUGGACGAAUCCUCACGCUGCCCAUUAUGGGUGUGGUCAUCAAGGUUCGCAUCCCAACUUCUUACGACAAGCCCGGAACCUCACAGCUGGCCCAGUCCACCCAGAGUGACAGUCAGGUGUCCAUCGUGCUCCCAACCAUCCAUGAAGUGGAUCUCUUCAGGUGUUUCUACCCGGUCUUCUUCCAUAUCCAAAUGCUGUGGGAGUUGGUGUUGCUCGGGGAGGCACUCGUCGUGAUGGCGCCAUCGCCAGCUGAGUCAUCAGAUACCGUGCUGGCCUUGGUCAGUUGUAUCUCUCCCCUGCGUUACUGCAGUGACUUCCGGCCGUACUUCACCAUCCACGACAGCGAGUUUAAGGAGUACACUACCAGAACGCAAGCUCCGCCGUCCGUCAUUCUGGGAGUGACCAAUCCCUUCUUUGCAAAAACCCUGCAGCACUGGCCGCACAUCAUCCGCAUUGGAGACAUGAAGCAAGCAGGAGAGAUGGCCAAGCAGAUGAAAGUGAAGAAACUGAAAAACCUCAAAACGCUGGACUCUAAACCUGGUGUGUACACUGCAUAUAAGCCGUAUCUCAACAAAGACGAAGAAAUCAUCAAACAGCUGCAGAAGGGUGUUCAACAGAAGAGACCCUCGGCGGCCCAAAAUGCAAUUCUUCGACGCUACUUCUUAGAACUGACACAAAGCUUCAUCAUUCCUCUGGAGCGGUACGUUGCCAGUCUGAUGCCUCUUCAGAAGUCCAUCAGUCCCUGGAAGAGUCCUCCUCAACUCCGACCGUUCAUCCAGCAGGAUUUCAUGAAGACGCUGGAGAAAGCUGGACCUCAGCUCACAUCUAGACUGAAAGGAGACUGGAUAGGACUCUACAGGCAUUUCCUCAAGUCUCCCAACUUUGACGGCUGGUUCCGCAACAGGAGGAGAGAGAUGACCCAGAAACUGGAGGCUCUGCACCUUGAGGCCCUGUGUGAGGAGGAUCUGCAGCAGAGAGUCCAGAGGCACUCAGAGGUGGAGACAGUUGAUCUGGUUCUGAAGCUGAAAGAUAAACUGAGUCAGGCGGAGAGGGAGCAGCUCCCGGUGCGUCCAGGAACUGUGGCCAAACUGAGGGCCCACAUUGACGCCGUCAUCCUCGCCUUACCAGAGGACCUUCAAGGCAUCCUACACAAGCCCUCGACACCCUGACCUUUAACCCCUCGGUCUCCAACUCUAACCCCAGUUUGAGCUUGUUUUAAAGUUUGGGGGGUAGUGGGUCUCCUCCCAGCUGGCUCCCAGGUGGAGGGACCCCCGCUUACUUAGGCUGGGUCCCAGUUUGAGGACCUCUUCUGGUCUAACAUGGAAAGCACACAUUUUUGUUUCCCAAAAUAUACAUCCAACUUCAGUUAUAUUUACUUUUCCCUUCCCAAACCGAUACUCAGUGGAGUUUAGACCAAACAUGUCCACCCCACGUCUCAGUGAUCACAUGCUAUUAAAACGACCAGCUGGACCAGGCCGAUGCCGCCUGACAUAAACUCCUCUGAAGAGUUUUCAGAAGGUGAAACCGCAUUUAAAAAAUGUGAGUAGGUUAUUAAAUGAAAGGAGCAGUGUGCUCUUUCAACAUGCAGCUCAGUACCAGAGGUUCGUCUGAGGUUUUGGGUGGCCUGUGUGAAAAAGGACUUGUCAUCGCCUCAGAGGUAAGAGCAGGAAGACAAACCCAGCUGACCUUUGACCCUCAGCAUUUUUACCUCCUGACGUAUUUAAUUUGUACGUUUUUAACUUGACGAUGGACUGCUGUAUUCCGGCGGGACUGACUUUGGAGUUUUUCAUCCAUUUUCAAGAAAUGUUUUUAAAAGAAGUGCACUUCAUCGCUAACUGGACCAGUGUGCCGUUCACACACACACAAAUACACACACUUUUAUGCAAACAGACUGAAUCAAGCAGAGCCAAGCAGUGCUUUACAAUUACAUGUUAAAACACACAUAGAGCACCAGCAACGUUGUAAUAACUGCGAACGGCUCUUUUGUCAUGUGCUGUAGAGCAGUGUGCCCAGGAGCCAGUCAAAUCCCUGCAUCUGUGUCACAUGAUCUUUGUUUAGCCUCUCAUAACAGUCUGAGGAAAUAUUCAAAAUUGUCCUUAAAUGUUCAGAAAUCCUGGUGUGGGUUGGUGUUCUUAUAUAUGGAUUUUCCUGAAGACUGAAUCCAAAACUUGUGUGUCAAGUUUAGUUGUGUGAAAACCUGUUUUUUAUUUCAACUGGCUGAUGAGCUGUUCUGAGGUUGAGGAAAGUCUUUGGCCGCUGGACUUUACAACUCUAUGGAGAGACAUGUCCGCCAAGAAACAAAAAAAGCAAAACAGAUGAACAAUUGGUAAAUCAAUAUUUAGAGACAUGAAGUCAAAAUUAUAAGGUUAAUUAAAAUUUUGUCUCUAAGUAGAAAUUCUGAGUCAAAUUGACUUGUGAGUAUGAGAGCCUGAGUUAAUAUUUUGAAUUAAGUCAAACUUAUAAAAUUGUAAAUCUGUCAGUAAAUAACAAUUAGGAGUUAAAAAGUCACAAUUUUCUAUCUAUCAUCUAAUAUCUUUGAUUAAGUAUAUUGACAGAUCUUGAGUAUUUAGAUUUUUGUUGUUUUUAAUAUUUCAUUUCAUUAUUUUGUUUUCCUGGCGGAUACGGGCUUUUAUAGUAAAACCCUUCCAUGACAAAUUUGAGCUAAGCCUAUAUUGCUUUCCUCACUUUCUGGAAAGUUUUCUCUGGACAGCACUAAAACAAGAAAAUGCAUUUGGGAUGUAUCUAUACUAGUUCACCAUUUAAAUGACUACAUCUGAUCUGGUAAGACCUGUAAAGUUUUUUGCCUUAUGUCAUAUUGUUUUUUUUUUAACAUAACUUUGAUUUAACAGUUUUAUUUUUGUCAUUCUAAACUUCUUUUUUUUUUCCUGGCAGAAUUUUGUAUCCAUAGUUAAGUGUAAUUAGUCCCACCUCCACACAGCUGCAUAAAACUACUGUAAAGAAAAGACACUCAGAGCUGAAAACAGAUACUGCAAACAAGUCCUGCAACAAUUGGUAACAACCAGACAUGUUUUAACCAGCGUGAUCUUAGGAGUAUUUAGUAAACUGAAAUAACCCCAACACUACGGCUAGCAUCGUUUUAACUGAUACUCAACAGAUGGAACAGCUUUUUGAUUUGGGUUAAACGAUGCUGGUGCUUUACAGGAGGGAAAGAAGAACCAAAGGCUCAAUGAGUUAGUCUCAAUCUGAAUGAAUGAUGACUGGUUCCUAUAAAGAUGGGAAGGAAGGAAUUGCAGCUCAAAGGCUUCAUGUUUGUUCAUAAUUCUUACACUAAACUAAAUUUACUCUGCUGGAGAGCCACUUCUGACAAAAGAAUUGCCACUGAAGACGAUCCUGCUCAGGAUCCUCUGUGUUGCCUUCAGACAAAAAAUAUUCCUGAAGUCUGUUGUAAGUGUUUUCUGAUGAACAAGCGAGCUACACUGAUGCAUUGUUAAACUAAAAACCAACACAAAGUCAGAGUCCUGUAAUAUAAAACAAACUCACUCAGUUGUAGUAAAGGGAUAAUUAACACUGCUGGGUCUUUUAAAGCAUCAAAUUGCUGCAUGUUUUAUCCCACAAACUGUGUUGAAUUAAACUUAAUCAAACCACUUCAGACCACAAAUGUCAGUGUGUCAGUGAACUUUGAGCUACGUUGUCAAAAUUAAAUCUUAAGUUAAAACUAUAAUUAAACAUGGACAGAAAAUAAAAAUGUUAAAAGUUAAAGGUCCUAAACGUGCAAAAUAAUCUGUGUGGUCUUUAAAAUGAAAAUCAUUCAACUCAUUGCUUCCUUAUGUCUGAUCUAUUGGAAGUCAUGAACAUUCCUGGAAAACUAACAAUGUAAACAUGAACAAAAUCACGUAUAAUGACAGCAAUAACGGCUUAACAGGUAAUUUAAUUUAUUAUAGUAAUUUGUAUUUUCACAGUGUAAAUUACUGACUUAUUCACAGAAGAUUUGUUAUUUCUAAAGAUGUAGUUAGUGGAUGUUUUAUAUUUUUCAAAACAACUGUUUGAGAAGUUAAAUUAACCUGUUGUCAAACGUAUUGGUUUUUUUUGGGGGUCAUUUUCUUUUGAGCCAUCAUGUAACAGAUGUUUUAUAAAUGUUUUCAAAUUUGCCUUUUUUUUUUUUUUUUUUUUGUCAAGCAGAUAAUUGUAAAAAACAAAAAACAAAUAUGUGCUGGUUGGAAUAACCUGCAACCAUAUAAGUUUUAUAUUUUUAAGAAAAAACAACUUAUUUUAACAACUUUGAAUUUUUAUGAAGGGCUAUUCUCGUAUUCCACUCUGUAGAGAAUGAAGACUUUUGUACAUAAUGGUGUAAAGUGAAAUGGUCGCCCAGAUAUGUUGAUGUACAAUAAUUAUUUUGCUAUUACAUCAGAUGUCUUACUAAAUACAGAGAUAUAAAUAAGAAUUGCUCCAUAUAAUCAUUUUCCUUUCUUAGACUAAUUACAAUGUUGUUGAGUCGCCUUGACAUUUUGAAUUUGUAGUUUGUUUGCUAACAGACAUUCUUUACUGAUGCUGAAAACAACAUCAGUAAAGUAGCGUUGUCACUAUUUGUCAAUCACUGUUUUUAAUGAAUAACUAUUUUGCUAAAGACUACUUAUUUAUUGGUGUCAAUGGAGAUGUAUACAUUCUCAAAAAAAUUUAAUAUAAUGUAAUUAAAAUACCGUAAUACCAGAAAACAUUGAUAUUUGACGAUUAACCAAAACCUCAUUACUUUCAAAUAAUGUUUUUAAAUUAUUAUUAUUAUUAUUAUUUUUUUAUGUUCGCUUGUGUAGACUGUGGUAUGGUUAUGGUCAAAGCAAGACUUAUUAUUGGUAGAACCCCUAUUUGUGGCUGUCUGGCUAAAUUAGCUUGUUGCUAUCUUCCAGAUAUUUUAAUGCUAACAAUACUCUCUAGGCAUUGUUUUAUAAAAGGGACAUAAUAUUUCACCCAUCGUUAAAUGCCAUGGGAGAUGAAAAUUAUAACACUACAAAUUCAAAAUGUCAAUACAAGCUAAUAAAAGCACAUAAAGCCAUUAUGUUGCAUAGUAUUAUACAUAUUUUGCUCCAUUGGCACUGUCACUGUUUUCGUUUUAAUUGAAGCCAUGUAACCACUACACCAAGGCACUCUGACGCCCUGAGGACUACUUUUCAUUAAGGCAGUGAUAAGACGUCACAGUCUUAUGUUAACUUUAUUGUAACUUGUACCUUGUUGGGAGGAACUCACUGCUGAGUGUCUUUCGUGACUGUGUUUGCUUUUGCUUGAUACAGUAUUACAACAAAAUUGAAAUAAAAUUCACACAGCGGCCAUUUUGAACAUUUGGGAAGAUAUGACUAGCUAGCUCUGCGCUAAACUUCUGCCAACAUAGAUUAAAUACACAUAGUAUAUUCAUGUCACUUUUGAAGUGGAAAAAUGUUACAGACAAACUAGAAUUACACGAAUAGAUUCACAUUUUAAAAUUUGGUUUGUAGCUAAUGUUAGCUAGUGUUAGCUUCCCUCGGUAAUGUUAGCUAAGUUAUUUCACUGUACUAAGCUAGUUAGCUUCCCAGCUAGCUGUUACAGAAGCUUCUUACAGAAAUUUUCAAGAAGGCUGCUGUGAGAAUAAGGUCAGAGGGGACUUUUCCUGCUACAUUUCAGGUUCUGUGAGGUCACUGUCCUCGAUUGUAUAUUUUUAUUAUUUUUUUGUUUUGCUGACCUUAACUGCUUUUGUCAUUAAACAGCAGCUUCAAUUUUAAA